AAAAGAGUGAGGAAACAGCAGAGUGCAGAUAUGCUGGACUCCGGGUAGUCCUGUUUCUGUUACCACCUGGGCGAUUUAUUUAAUCUGAGCACCCUGUUUCCUUACCUGUAAAAUGGAAACAAUUAUGCCUACCUUUCAGGGUGGUUUUGAGGAUUAGAGACUAGUAUCUGGCACACAGUAAGUAACAGUAAAUGGGUGCUAUUAUUGGGCCCAACCCCUCGUUAUGGGGCCGAACGGGCUAACGGACGUGUCAGAAUUUGCGACCUCCCGGUCUUGGAGGGUAGAGAGGCCUCUCCGCGGCCUCCUCCCUCUAGGAGGUGGGGACAAGGUGGAGGCAGGGCAUCAGAAGGAGGAGCUCGCGCAUCGCGACCCGCCCGGUCCCGUCUAGUCUAUAGUCAGGGCGCCGAGGGAACGCUGUCCUAUCCGCCGUCACCCGAGCAGCCUGCCUUGGUGCCCCAGUGCCCCGCCCCGCGUCCAGUCAUGACCCUGCGCCCCUCACUAUUCCCACUCCAUCUGCUGCUGCUGCUCAAUGGGGCGAUGUGCCGGGCGGAGGCUGGGUUUGAAACCGAAAGUCCCAUCCGGACCCUCCAAGUGGAGACACUGGUGGAGCCCCCCGAACCGUGUGCGCAGCCCGCUGCUUUUGGAGACACGCUUCACAUACACUACACGGGCAGCUUGGUAGAUGGACGCAUUAUUGAUACCUCCCUGACCAGAGACCCUCUGGUUAUAGAACUUGGCCAAAAGCAGGUGAUCCCAGGUCUGGAGCAGAGCCUUCUAGACAUGUGUGUGGGAGAGAAGCGAAGGGCAAUCAUUCCUUCUCACUUGGCCUAUGGAAAACGGGGAUUUCCACCAUCUAUCCCAGCUGAUGCAGUGGUGCAGUAUGAUGUGGAGCUGAUUGCACUGAACCGGGCAAACUACUGGCAAAAGCUAGUGAAGGGCAUUUUGCCUGUGGUAGGCAUGGCCAUGGUGCCAGCCCUCCUUGGCCUCAUUGGGUAUCACUUAUACAAAAAGGCUAAUAGACCUAAAGUCUCCAAAAAGAAGCUCAAGGAAGAAAAACGAAACAAGAGCAAAAAGAAAUAAUAAAUGGUAAUUAAAAAAAC